AUGGAGGAGACCGUCCAACUCUGGCCCCCGCGGCCGCUGCAGUCCAAAAAGCUGCGGUGCCUGGCGCCCAUGGUGCGCGCGAACAGCACACCUCUAAGAAUUCUAGCAUUGGACUACGGCGCGGACAUUGUCUACAGCGAAGAGCUCAUCGCGCGGCGCCUGGAGCUGUGCACACGCAAAGAGAACGAAGAGCUUAAGACGAUUGACUUCGUCGACGCCUCGGGCAAGACGACGUGUCUGCGCGUGGACCCGGUCCGAGAAAAAAAUAAACUGGUGGUGCAGCUCGGCGCGGCGGAGGGCGAGUGCGCUUCGAGAGCCGCGGCGGUCGUCGCGGACGUCGCGUGUGGUGUUGACUUAAAUAUGGGCUGCCCGAAGCCCUUCUCGACGGGCGGCGGCAUGGGCCAGGCCCUCCUGAAAGAUGGCGAGCGCGCGGCGUCCAUCGUCAAAAGUCUGAGGAGGACGUUACCUGCGAGCGUCGCGGUCACGUGCAAGAUUCGACUCUUGCCCGAGAUCAGUGAAACCUGCGAUCUCAUACGGCAGUUGCACGCGGCGGGCGCCGUCGCCGUCGCGCUGCACUGUAGGUAUGCGGGCGUGGACCCCCCAAAAGAUCCCCAACUACCGACGCAAAAACGCGUCUUCGAGCGGUUGCGCCAGGAACACGUCGCCUUCCGCGAGGACUGCGCUUUACUAGCGAACGGCGACCUGUAUACGCACGAAGCCAUUUCCAAUGUAGACGCGUACACGGACGGCGUUUUGUUAGCGAGGCCGGCUUUGUUGGAUCCUUCAUCAAUCUUCCGGAGGAGUGAGGAGCGCCUCCCGAAGCUCGAUGUCCUAAGGCAGUACGUGCGCUACGCGCAGCGCUACGACGCGCACCCGAAGAACACGAAGUACGUGGUCCAGGAGAUGUUGGCCAAAAGGCGCCACCCUCCAGACAUGCGCGGCGUCCUGCGGGACCAGCUCGCUUCCUUGCCGUUCAAGCACGACGCGGUCACGGCCACGAAGACGCUGGGAGAUUUGGCGGCGCUGGUCGGGGUCGCGGCGACGCCGACGUCUCAGGAGCCGGCGAGCGACGGCCGCGUCUAUUCCGACGACUACUUCGACGAGCGCAAGCGGAAGCGUCCUUUCCCAGCGUCCUUUAUAUGCCUUUUCGCCCUGAUGACGACGCCCAAGUACUUCGCCCGACCUUUCGUGGGGGCCGAAAAACUCUGAUUAUUUUCGCCGAGGGACCUUUGCCCGCUCGGUGUUUUUGUUGUCUUGGAGUCCUCCUCUUAUUGCGUCGUCGCAGGCGAGGGCGGCGACGACGGGGGGCGGGA